AUGUCGUCCCUCGACCUCGCGCCCGGUCCCACCACCCUCUUCCCCCACCCUGACGCGUUCAACACCGCCCCUCUCCUGUCCAAUCCCUCUACCGACUCUUCCUCCUCUACCGACUCUCACGCCUCCAGCCAGCUCGUCACUCCUCGCGGCUCCAUAUCCGGUCCUGGCCCCGUCCACGUCCAACAUGCGUCGGCGGACGACGCUCUCGCCCGCCCGCCGCCGAGCAAGAAGGUCUCGAGCCGGUCCAUCCGGUCCAAGGCAUCCUUCUCCAGCUGGCGGUCCCCCUUCCACCAGAGCAGUAUCCCCCUUCGCUCCCGUCCGAGCCAGGAGGAGCCAACAGACCCCCUCGACUCCUCGCAGUCCCAGCCACACGAGCCAGGUCAAUUCGACGAUGCCUCCUCCUCCUCCCGGUCCAUCUGCACCCUCUCCUCGGCGGACCUUCAGGCCCACCAUGCCCAUCACAUACGGUCAAGAACUAGCGCCUCUGUGAGUCCCACGGCUUCCGGCUCCAGCGAUACCUCGGCCGGGGCGGACGACCCUGCAAAGGGUCACACUCGUAAACUCAUCUCGAGCCUCAAGCGCCUAGGGGUCUCUAUCCGUCCGACCUCCUUUGAUCGGCGCGGCGGGGUCCGUAUCACACCCUCCGCAGCAGCAAUCACGCCGCCCUUCCCUCCCAGCCUCGCAGAUGCCCCUAUGCCUCUCCGGGUCUCGUACGCCCUCUCGUCGGCGUCCGUGGUCGGUCAUGCGCAGCCUCCGAUCAGCUUCGCCGCUUUCCUCCCGCCGGACAGGGCAAAGCUGCAUGAGGUAGCGGGACCUCGGCAGGGUCUGUCGGGGAUGGGACCGGGGAUGGCGCGGGGUCCGAGGCGCAGGGGUGAAGACACAAUGGUGGCACCGGAGCAGGUCAUCGCCGAUGAGGCAGAGGAGGAUGAUUCCGCUCGAGGACUGUUCUCGCCCCCUCAACCCCGCUCGCCCAUCAUCCGUGGUAUCCAAGGCGCCCUCUCACCCAUGUCUGACCUGGACAUCUCUUCCCCUAAACCCGCAGGCUCCCUCUUCAUCGACACUCGUCAGCGGCAGGCGUACCCCACACCGGUCCUUCCAUCGACGGCCUGUCCCUCGCCCACCCCUACCCCUCCUCGUCCAGACUCUCGCUCGGAUCUUCCUACCCCGACCCAUACCCGCGCAUACUCACCGCUGGAAGAGUCUAUCGGACGCGAGGUAGGGCUCCCACUCCCUCGGCUCGACUCGUCCCGGUCCAUCCAGUCCAACCUAUCCGCAACCGGCUCCUCCCAGUCCAUCAAUUCCCUUCAUCGGCUCAGUGCCCUCAACACCUCCACCUCAACUCCCACUACCCGCAGUCCCACACCUACAGGAACCGGUCGGCGCCUCGGCAGUACGACACCCACCAAUCUUACCUGUACACCUGUCCACUCCACCCCUCGGUCCAGCUUCAGCGGCCUCCCCUCCGCCCAGUCAGUACAGGACUUGCCGCGCUCCAACAGUCUCUCGGGACUCCGGCGACACGCUUCCCUCCGCCAGAAUGAGCGCACACCUCGCGGCUCGCCCACUUUACCGCUCUACAACAGCCCUCAUAACAGCUCACGGACGAGUCUGGGGUACCUCUCUCAGCCCGGCCCUAUUCCCCCUUCCCUCAUCCACACACCCAAGGCGCUCGAGCCACCGGCGCAUCCCAUCUCACCCGUCAUUGGCGCGUGUCCGAGCGAGCCCAACCCCAUACCUAUAUGUCAAGGACCGGGACGGAGGAGGGCGACAAGCGGGCGAUGGCGGCUUCCGAAUGGCAUGUUUGAGCUGAGUGGUUUGGGUUUGGGGGACCUGGCGAGAGGGGACAAGGAGGAGGGAAAGCCAAAGGAGAAGUAUGAGCAUGUCGAUACGCCCGGGGAGUUCGGGCUGGGAGCGGCCAAGGAGAAGGCGGCGAGGGAGAGGGGGGAGAGUCCGUACUUCUGA